AUGGCUACAACUGAGGGGCCUGCGAGGGUGCAUGAUCGCAACGGUCGGCGCCGCCCUUUUUCGAGCUGGAUGAAGCGCCUCGCAAGUCUUAAGAGCUCCUCCGAAUCUGGCUCUCAUCGCUGGUCCAACAAGCGACACACAAACUCCAAGGGCAAGAAGAAUGGCGGCCAAGGGAACAACCCGUACCCAUUAUCGGGCACACUUAACCGCCCAAACCACGGCGACUCGUACUCCGAAGUCGACGAGCAUGAUAGACACGGAUCUGGAUCACGCAGUGACCCCUCCCUGGUCUAUUCAGGCUACGAAAACCAGGUCCCCGCGACGAGCACCAAGUCCACGGCCCCUACCGUAUCGACCAACGGCGACACUGCGAUCUCGGAUGCAGGAUACUCCAAGGCAGGGACAAUGGCGACAGGGGGUGGGGGAUUAAGCUCACAUGGUGGAGGCGAAGGGAGCACCUUCUCGUCACCUGCGCCUUCGGUUCGCUCGUUGACCACCACCUUGACAACUGUGCAGUCGGCGGCCCCAUCUACCCAAUUGUACCCCGCGGCCAAUACACAACCUGGCCAUGCACACGGCAGCUCCACGCAGAGUUCUGGAAAUCAGCAAGUCCAGUUCUCGCAUCAAUUUCCUACGUCCUCCUCGCCUGCUACAGCCGUGCCCCCGCACCUUAUACCCCAUAGCCAGUCGAUGACCUACAGCAGCGCGACGGCAAACAACGCCUUGAACGACAACGCCUCUAUCCUGACGCUCGCAAGCUCGUCCAAGCGCCGACGACGGAAUUCCCUUGACACCAAUGCCUCCGUUCGUGCAUUGGCACCCUCAUCGGUCUUUGGCGGGAGCCGAGAGAGCUUGCCACUGAGCCUGCUUAGUGGUAGUGUGGUUGAGCCGUCGAGCACUUCAGCCUUCAACGCCCAGGGGGUGCUGGCCCGACCGAGCAUUGUUGGACUCGCAAGCGCUGAACGCAUCAGUGUCUAUUCCUCAUCUGGUCCAGCACCUUUGGCCAAUGGCGGCGACCGCGGCAGUUUCCACACCCCAAAGCAAAGCCUGGCUGGAGGUGACGGAGCAAGCAUUCGUAGCGGUGCACCAUCUCAUACUCGAAAUGAUAGUACAGCUGCUAGCGUCACUGGAGGUGUGGUCAGCCCUCUUGUCAUGGCCUCUGGCAGAGUCAGUCGCAGGAGCUCCGGAUGGGGUGAGAUCACUGACGAAGGCAAUGAGGGGAAGCCUAGUGAAGGGACUGACGAGCGCUGCGCAUCGAAACCAGAGGUUUCUUUCAAUGAAGAGCCACACGAAACUUGA